ACUUUACCUGCGCGUGAUUUGCCGAUUCGCCAUAUUGUUGACAAAUGUCAGCGUGCAUUGAUUCUUGUAAGUUAAUUCACUUCAGACAUGCCUAAAAAGAAACGUGCAUCUAUAGGAAGACAAAGGAAAAAACAUAACACUAACAGUUCUAAGUCAAACACCAGUUCUUCAGAUGUCAAAGUUCCAGGUGACAUCAUCAUCUAUGCCAGAAAAUGCAUAUAUAUAAGAGAGAAUGAUGAACCUUUCUGGAGACUUCCCUGGUUAGAUAUUCAAAAUGAUACUGAAUGCAAACAGAGGUGGGAAAGUGAUGAAGUAGCAGAUAGCGAUGGGAUUUUUGGUCAUGAGUUUUAUGUGAUUUUGGACAAACCAUACAAAUAUCACCAUACUGUUAAUUUGGAAGACUUUACUCGAAAUCUUGUCAGUGGGGUAAUUUACUCUAGAUUGAAGACACAACUUGACAACAGUAAACAUCCAGAAUUUAUGUACAUGUCUACUUCUAGAUACAUUAGAUAUAUCCAGUGCUAUGACUCAGAUAAUCCAAAGGUAAAAAUGAGUGUGACAAUAAUGCCAGAUCUGAGAGCUGAAAUUCAUGUUCAUGGACUGAAGCUAGAUAGAAAUCAUAAAAUUUGGAAUGAUUUACCCUUGAUAUGUCUUACAAAGAAAAGUCUUUGGACUUUGUUAGAUUGGCUUAAAAAGUACAGAGUAUGUGCUGGAAACUUUGACCCAGAGUUUCAAGAUUUUUUCCCUAUUGGUAGACGCUCAAAGGUUAAUGGGAGCAAUUAUGUGGCAUUUAGAGAAGAUGAUUACAGUGCAACAACUGGACACAUUACAUACCAUGGCACCAUCAGAUCCACAAAGUGUUUGCUGCUAACAGACAUUCUUAGAUGCAAAGACUGUGCUGUGUAUAGACGCACUUUGAAAAAGACUCUGGAAAGAGAAACCCACAAACCUCCUGUAUCGCAAGUUAAUUGGCUCAGGUCAAAGAAAGGGGAAGUACGCAUGACAGAAGUAGAGAAACUGCAAAAACUGAAACAGUACAAGCAGUACACACAUGAACUAGAGACCAAAUGCAAUCCUAAUCCUAAUGUCAAACAGUUUAACCAAUCAAUGGUAAACAUUCAUGUAGCUGGAUCACAAGCAAUAGCUCCACUUGCUGAAAACACUAAGAGACAACAACAGGACCAGCAGAUAUCUGAUCAGCCAUUACCAAAAAGACCAAGACAAUGAAUGAGGAAUGACUAGGACUUUAAUGCAUGCAUUACUUUAUUUAGUAUUGUCAAAUAUUCAUUUAAUUCACUUAAGUUUUUUCAAGCUAGCUUUAUUACCAGUUCUUUACUAUGAAGGUGGAAACUAUCAAUAAAAGUACUUAUAGGUUGAUAAGAAGCAGCUUUUAAAAUACAAUUAAUUUUUCAUAUAUACAUGUAUAUAUAUAUUCAUGACAUUACAUAACAUUAACAGGUUAAACAUACAUGACAUAUAUUUAUAUGUGGCAAAAGGUAACUUAUUGCAACAAUGAUAACCUAAAUGAGAUAAUAAAUACAAUACAGUAUGUACAUUU